AUGGAUCAGCAAAAGCAGCUGCAGGCGCUUAGCGACCAAUACCAAGGUCUGCAGAACGAGUUGACCACCCUGGUCCAGGCUCGUCAGAAACUUGAGGGACAAUUCACAGAGAAUGAGAGCGUGCAGAAGGAGUUCGCAGGCCUCGACGACGAUGCCAAGAUCUACAAGUUGGUGGGCCCCGUGCUGCUCAAGCAGGAGACAAGUGAGGCCAAGAGCACCGUCGAUGGACGAUUAGAAUAUAUCGGCAAGGAGAUCAAACGCAUCGAAGAAAGCAUCACAGAGAUCCAAGGCAAAAGUGAAGGGAAGCGCUCUGAGAUCAUGCAGAUCCAGGCUCAAGCCCAGCAAUCCGCUGGAAAAGCCUGA